UACCGGGAAGGUACCAGCGGCACUUCUGGUUUGCGUGUGACGCCACGCGCUCCCUGUCCAAUCACGAUUGCUUCCGUGUGACGUCAUUCGCCAACAUGGCGGCGGACUGGAACCGAGGGCAUGGCUCGGUGGAGGACAUGCUGGACGUCGAGAACAAGCGUCUGGCUGACAACUUGGCCACCAAAGUGUCCCGACUCAAAUCUCUGGCGUACGACAUUGACAGAGAGGCCGACGAUCAGAACGACUACUUGGACGCCAUGGACUCCAACUUUCUGGGCAACACGAGCCUGCUGGGCGGCAGCGCCAAGCGCUUCUCCAACAUGAUGCGCUCGGGACGCGACAACCGCCGCAUCAUGUGCUACGUCACCAUCGGCCUGGUGCUCUUCUUCUGCGUGCUCUACUACAUCGUCACCAGGAUGCAACGCUGAGCCACAAGACUGCACAGGGA